AGAUAAAUGAAACCCCCAAAAUGGCAGACCGCCACGAAACAUGAAAUCGGCGUUUCGGAGCGCCAUCUGUACUAAACUCACAUUUUCCUUCCGCUCCUUAAACCCUACCCCCCACCGCAGCUCCCUCGUACUCCCACCGUAUUACGCCGCCGUUUAUCCCGGUAGACCUUCUACUCUCACUUCAAUGGCCGGCGGAGAGAGUGGCUCCAACACACCACCUUCUCCCACCGUUCACACGCUGGAGAAGCAGUUCGAAGUGUUUCAGCAUAAGCUCAGUGAUUCCGGCACCUUGCGUGAGCGUAUUCGCGGCGUCGCUUUGGAAAUUGAGUCCGCCACCAGGCUCAUGCAAUCCAGCCUCCUCCUUAUUCACCAGUCUCGCCCUAUACCUGAGGUUUUGGAAAAGGCAAAUGGGCAGAUUGUUGUGCUAAGGGAACUAUUUGCUAAGCUUGCAGAAAUUAUCAGCGAGUCCCCUGGACAAUACUACAGAUAUCAUGGUGAUUGGAGGAGUGAGACUCAGUCUGUAGUGUCUCUGCUUGCUUUCAUGCAUUGGUUAGAAACUGAGAGCCUUCUGCUUCAUGCAGAAGCUGAGGAAAAACUUGGCUUAAAGUCAUCGGAGUUUGGUCUCGAUAUUGAAGACUAUCUCACUGGAAUUUGUUUUAUGUCCAAUGAUUUGCCUAGAUAUGUGGUAAACCAAGUGACAGCUGGGGAUUACGACUGUCCAAGAAAAGUAUUGAAGUUUUUAACAGAUCUCCACGCAGCAUUCCGCAUGCUCAACCUCCGUAAUGACUUUUUGCGCAAGAAAUUUGAUGGAAUGAAAUAUGACCUCAGAAGAGUCGAAGAAGUUCACUACGACGUGAAAAUCAGAGGGUUGGCUACAAGCGGGAACUCAACAGCGGAGCAAGUAGAUGGAGAAACAUCUUGAAUUGUGACCUCCUUUUCACUCGUCUUGAUCUUGUUUUCCUUUCUAUCGUCUGCAUUUAUUUUUGUCAGAUGCAAUCUUAUGUGGAAAUAUGUUUCAUGAUUCUAGACAUCUUCCAAACAUGAAACGAAAGAACGGAGCUCUUCACCUGUUACGAUCAUGCAUGCAUCUUUUCGUAGGCAAGAUAAAUCAGAAUUAAUUAGACUAUUAUGUUCUAUAAAAUGUUCGGUUGGUGCAAAUGCGCUUAUAGCUAUU